CUUUCAGUAGCAUAGAAACGGCGCGAUCGAAAGCAACUCCGGAAUCCGCGUGUGAGUGUGAGUGACAAAAAGCUCUCUUGUUGGUGCUUUUGCAGGUUUCCGGUGCACGACCUGUUGAACUUCCGGACGUGGUGUGUGGUGCCGCCGGCCCAGGUCAAGUGUGGAGAAUCGGUCAAGUGUGACAGGAACGGUUAUUGUGACAAAAGACCGUUUGGAAAGUGCUUUAAACUUUUCGGAUUUGAACCAGUUUGCAGAGUUGAAAAUUCAUCCUACUAACUGGGACAUGGAAACUAACAGGUUUGAGGCCCCUCCGGUGGUCGAAAUGCAGGCUCCGGAAUUCAAGGACUUUGCCAAGGAGAUGGUGGACUACAUCGCCAACUAUCUGGAAAAUAUCCGCGACAGACGCGUUCUUCCGGAGGUCCAACCGGGCUACCUGCGCCCGCUGAUCCCGGCGGAGGCUCCCGAGAAGCCCGAGAGCUGGCAGGACGUGAUGGCGGACAUCGAGCGCGUCAUCAUGCCCGGUGUGACCCACUGGCACAGCCCCAAGUUCCACGCGUACUUCCCGACCGCCAACUCGUACCCGGCGAUCGUCGCCGACAUGCUGAGCGGUGCCAUCGCGUGCAUCGGAUUCACUUGGAUUGCCAGCCCGGCUUGUACCGAGUUGGAGGUCGAGAUGCUCAACUGGCUGGGAAAGAUGUUGGGUCUGCCGGAGGAAUUCCUGGCCUGUUCCGGAGGUCAGGCUGGUGGUGUGAUUCAGGGAACUGCCAGCGAGGCUACGCUGGUGGCUCUGCUCGGCGCUAAGGCCAAGGCCAUCAAGCGCGCCCAGGAAGAACAUCCCGAGUGGGAUGAGAACACGAUCGUCUCCAAGCUGGUUGGAUACACUUCAAACCAAUCCCACUCAUCCGUUGAGCGAGCUGGACUCCUCGGAGGUGUUAAGCUGCGCUCGCUGAAGGCCGACUCGAACCUGCAACUGCGAGGUGAAACGCUGGAGGCGGCCAUCAAGCAGGACUUGGCCGACGGACUGCUUCCGUUCUACGCCGUGUGCACCCUGGGAACGACCAACACGUGUGCGUUCGAUCGUCUCGACGAGCUCGGUCCAGUCGGCAACAAGUACAACGUCUGGAUCCACGUGGACGCUGCGUACGCCGGGUCGGCCUUCGUCUGUCCCGAGUACCGUCCGCUGAUGAAGGGAAUCGAAACGGCCGAUUCGUUCAACUUUAACCCCCACAAGUGGAUGCUGGUCAACUUUGACUGCAGUGCCAUGUGGCUCAAGGAGCCGUACUGGAUCGUCAACGCGUUCAACGUCGACCCGCUCUACCUGAAGCACGACAUGCAGGGAUCCGCUCCGGACUACCGUCACUGGCAAAUCCCGUUGGGUCGUCGUUUCCGUGCCCUCAAGCUGUGGUUCGUGCUCCGGCUGUACGGAGUUGAGAACAUCCAGGCCCACAUCCGUCGCCACUGCGCCUUCGCCAAGCAGUUCGAAGCCCUGUGCGUUGCGGAUGAGCGCUUCGAGAUCUUCAGCACUGUUCAAAUGGGACUGGCUUGCUUUAGACUGAAGGGAACCAACGAGCUGAACGAAGCACUGCUCAAGCGCAUCAACGGACGUGGUAAGAUUCAUCUGGUGCCAUCGAAGGUUAACGAUACGUACUUCCUACGUAUGGCGGUUUGUUCCCGAUUUACCGAGGCCGCUGACAUAGAUUACUCGUGGAAGGAGGUGGCCGCCUCCGCCGACGAGCUGCUGGCCGAAAAGAAGUGAAUCAUCAGUUCCUGAAAAACGUAUUAAAAUCUCUCUCUUGUUCAACGCCCCACUAGUAAUAUUGAAACACGCAUUGUCAUGUCAUGUUCACUUGUAAAAGUAUAUUUUUGUUUGUUUUAUUAUUGUUGUAAAAAAAAGCGGGACCAUAACAUACGAAGGCAUUUGAAACCAUCCUUCCAGUGUACAUAGAACUUAGUUACAAUGAAUCGUAUACUCAUUGUUGUUUUUAAAAAUGUCCCUAAAUGUUACUUGAAUGUUGGCUAUAAAAUAUGAAUGAAUAAAGUAAAUUAUUAUGCUCAAAA